AAUCACCUCCAACCUGUGGAUUCGUUAAUAAAUUACGAAUACUCGUUUUCGAUUGCGAAUUCGAAUCGUUCAAAAUAGACCGGUUGUUUUUACUAGAUUAACAAUCGGUGUCGUUUUUUUAGACCAUCGUUUUUCGACGACAAGUUUUGUUGAGCUCACGCGUCCACGCUAUUAAAAUGUUUGUUGUUGGACGUGAUAGGCAUUUGUGGUUUACUGCUGCAAUUAUUUUCGGAACGCUUCUGUACCAUACGAACUCUGGCCGAGUUCCAAAUUUUUCAAUAGGGUCCAGGUAUAGUUCAAUUCGAACAUGGGCAUUUUUCUUGUUGCCUGGAUCAUUGUUGGGACGGGUUGGGUCACAAACAAAGCAGAAUUCACAAAGGCGAUCCGGCCUGGAUUCUAGUGUUGCAUUUGUUAAUGAUGUCGACAGUCGAAGUAUGUAUAAAGAAAAGAUCAGGGACGAACAAUCAGAAAAAUCACAGAUACCACCUCUGCACAAAGAUGCGAAAACAGAGCGCAAGAAUACUUUACUCCAUUCGGCUUGGGUUAUCAUCGCAAUAGUGUUGACAAUAGUUUUUGGCGCUGUUGCCGUCUACUACUGGGUUUUGUUCUAUCCUAUUCUAUGCAAAAAAGAGCGCAAGUACGACGUCAUGCAAAUGUCUGCCAAACCAUAGUGACAACAUGUUCUAUUCUAAAUCUCCAAUUAAAAAUAAACCAUAAAAUCUCAAAGUGGUGGUGGUUUCAAAUUUGAAAUAA